UGCAAUUGACUGUCUUGAAAACCAACGUCGCGAAAGCGCAUUUAUUGCCUUGCAUAAGUAACUUUGCGAUCUCAUCCACCUUGUCGGCACGAGACAACAUCCGUCGCACCCUACGCGCACACACACAAAGACCAGCCUUGUGGCUUUUACUUUGUUGACCUAUAUUGCUCUUCUCCUCUUCGAGUUGCCUCGUUUUCGACAACAUCACAUCCACACAUCACAAUGGCGUCAUCACAGCAAACGGCUCUCAUAGCGACUGCAACAGCAGCCGCAGUGGCCACCGGCCUCCUCGCCUACGCCGUUUACUUCGAUCACGCCCGCCGCAGCAAGCCCGAGUUCCGAAGACAGCUGCGGCGCAAUGACCGGCGCCAGGCUCGCCAGGCCAAGGUCGAAGCCGAGGUCGAGAACCUGCACCAGCGCGAGGCCAUUAAGCAGGCCGUCGACGAGGCCAAGGAGGAGGGCUUCCCCACCAGCGUCGAGGAGAAGGAGGCGUACUUCCUGGACCAGGUCACCAUGGGCGAGCAGCUGGGUAGCGACCCGUCGCGUGCCAUCGACGCUGCGCUGGCGUUCUACAAGGGCCUCAAGGUCUACCCUCAGCCUGGUGACCUGAUCGGUAUCUACGACAAGACUGUGCCCAAGCCUAUCCUCGACCUUCUUGCGGAGAUGAUCGCCUACGACGGAAGCCUGCGACUAGACUCUGGGAACAUGCCCGGCAUGCCAGGCAUGCCCAACCUAG